AUGCAAAUGUUCAACGCUGUCUACCUGCUCUUUUUCGUGCUCGUGGAUGGUUUUAAAAGUCCGUCCGCGCAAGAAAACAAACGUGCGGAUCCUUCUCAACUCCAACUGACCGACGACGAGAAUGCUCGGCUCCAGAAGACGUGCGGAGAGGAAAUCGUGCUGUCAGUCGGCUCUCGGAGGUUUCGAAAUGCUCUUAACUAUUCAGUGCCUCGUGGGAACUUCCUCCGUUUCUUCGAAAUGUUCGCUUCGUUAGUCCGAACGAAAUGGCUCGAACCGCCGGAAUAAUGCUGACCAAUCGGCAUGUUUUGGUGCAUGCGAAGAAGAUUUUGAGCAGGAUUAGCUGCAAUGAGACAGAUACGUGGGUGUCGAAUCGGCUGAUAAUAAACUCAAUUCAUCGGUGUUGCCCCUCGGUGCUUGCAGACUCAAGCCAACAUUUCUGAAAUUAGGCUUGAGUACGCAAACACCGAGGGGCAAGAGCGAUGAAUUGAGAGUAAGAGGCCGUGCCAAAACGGGAAAUUCACGAAAACCGAAAAGAAAAACUUUGUUUGGCCAAUUAUAUUUUUCAAAGUUUCUUUUGACGAUCUUUUUUAUUGCUCACUGUUUUUGACGUGUUCGUCAGUUUAAAAAACGCAAGCUCACUGUAAAUGCGCGUCAAGUAUGGCGCAUGCAAGAAUCCGCGAUUUUGGCUUUUUUCCGCGAUUUUCGUGAAUUCCCCCGUUUUGGCAUGGCUUCGAGAGUAAUAAUAAUAUUAUGAUCAUGAGUUUAGAAAAAGGUUCCGCCAUCAAUUGGACGUGUUUUUGCGGAACGGAUCGUUCGAGGUGGCCAAGGAUAUGUGCUAUCACGAAGCGCACACUUGCGAAUUCGUGAAGGCGCACAGAGUGAGUUCACAAGGUACUUUUUUUUUUGAAGUUUUUUCAUGGUUACAUCGAAAAGCGAUCGAAAUUUGGCAAAUUUGGCGAAAAAUCGGGCCACACAGUGAGAGAACGCUGUAAAGGGGGCGUGGGCUAAACUGAGACGCGUUUUCAGAAAACUUCCGCUAUUUUUAUGUCAAAUAUCGAUGAAAGAAGGAAUUUCAAGUUAAAAACAUUAAAAGUUCCGUAAAAACGCGGCGUUCGAGCUUUUGAACAUCAAAAAUGAUCGAGAAAUGGCUGAACCCCUCAAAUUUUCAUGUGGGUUUCAAAUUUCGAUUGUUUUUCAAUGAAAUCAAAUAGAAAUGAGUCCGCAAUGAGUUAAUUGUAAUGGAAACUCGCAGGCAGCAACAAGAAACUCGCAAAAAUGUCUAGGGAUCACUGCCAAAAUAGCAUUUUUUCGAAGUAUGGUUGCUCGUACGUGCUUUUUGUGUUAGUCUCUUUGUUAGUUUACAUCAUAAUGAACUCAUUUCCAAGAAAUCAAGUGAAAUUAAUCAGUUUUCUUCCGCAGGCACGCAUCCGAAGUCUCGGAACAGCCAAGGAGCGCGCCCUCCAAGCCUUUCUCCGUGCGCCAAAACUUCAGAUGCGUGCCGUCGGACGAAUGCUGAUUCAUUUCACUUGAUUAUUUUGGGAAUAAGUUCAUUGUGAUGUAAACUAACAAAGAGACACAAAAAGCACGUACGAGCGGCCAUUUUUCGAAAAAAAAACCGCUUUUUUUCCAGUGACGUUUCUUGUUGCUGUUAGUUUUGAUCAUAAUGAACACAUUCACUAUGACAAUGAAUAAGAUGAAUCAGUAUUUCUCCGGCGGCGCGCAUCUUGAGUUCCUAAAAAUAGCUCGGCGCCCAGGCCUAACUGGCGUGGUCUAGUAUUUCUUGUUCAGCCGGCGGACUCGGCGGAACCCGACUCGCGACCCCGGGCCAAAUAGACUAGAAUUUCCUCGUCACUCUCGCAAAGAAUCACCGUGCGUAAAUGAAAAAACAAAGUAUUGAGUCUAGUAGAGCGCGCUUGCUACAGCGGCGGGUAUUCAGAUGUGGGUGCAACAUGGAUGCAAAAGGGACGGGACUGCACGAGGAGCCAUCAUAUUCGAGCUGGAGAGGGAGAAUGCCACUAGCAUCAGGUCUCCGCUUUGCAUUCCAGGUGGGCGUCUUGCUAUUCGACUGAAAUGGAGGUACAAUUUCAGGAGAGGACGAUGUGAAAAGUAUGUUCGGCAAUGAUACGGUGAAACUCCGCGUAGAUGGUGGAAAUUUGCCAAAUACGCCAGGUGCGCACGAAUCGAGAGAUUAUUACUUUCGAGCGGCUGAUGUGAGUGUUUAUGAUUUGUACUCCCUCUGAUUGUCUCUUUUUCAGUACAAAAUAUGUGUAAAUGAGACACUGUGCACAUCGAAUCCAUCGCAAAGUGAAGGCGAUUUUGUUAUCGGCAAAUUGAGAGGACGCUAUAAUUUCCUUGGGUUUUCGCCGCUUGCGGGUUCAAAGGGAGAACCCUGGACGACUAUGACCGUGGGCUUAUCAUCGCUUCGAGGCCACAUUUGCAACUUCUCGGGAGUGUGUUACAAUUCGUCAGCUCUCGGGUCAGUGCCCACUGCGGCCUAACUUUCUAUAAAUUGAUUCAUUUGUAGAACUCGGCCGCCGUUCUUUACAACUAUUCCCACGACGACGACGACGAUGACGACGACGACGACGACGGCGAUGACAACUACCGAAGAGCCGCCGAAGCCGACGCGGAAGCUGAGACUUCCGUUUGAGUACGACGAGAAUGACUACAUGGAUUACGAGGACAAGUUGUUGGUGACCAAUGGAGCAGCAGCACGGAUUCUGAUGAUUUCAGUUCUCUCGAUUCUUAUAAAAAUGUUGUAAAAGAGUGUGAUUAACCACUGUUCUGUUUCGCAAGUUCGCAAGUUGCAACUUUUAUUGUAUACUUUUGAUUGAAAACGAAAAUGCAACAACUAGUGUUUCUCGGUGUGAUGAUCAUGUUGUCAAUCGAAUGCAAGGGACCACUGACAUGGAAGGAGAAUGAGGAACGGAUGAACAGGUGCAAUGGAGCACGGUUCGUUGCCAUCUAUUCGUUCAAUUUCAGCACAAACACCUCCUGGUUCUACAGCAUCAACAACAUGACGCCGAUGAUUGUUCUCUCGUCGCGUCACGUUGUGGUGGACGGUCUAGACACUGGGAUCUUCCAUGGAUACUAUGAUGAUACGGUCGCGUGCAGUGAUGAGUUCCGUCGGAACCUUCGGAACAUCCUAAUCUUCUAA